UGCAGGAACCCCCUCACUUCCGCUAGCUUCAUUACAGUAGUAAGUCGCCGCAAGCUGGGUAAAGAGAGACAGCGGCACAAAAUGUAGCCCAAUUUUGUCUUUUUCCAAGUACGAACCGCGAGUGAGUUUGUCACCGCUUUUGGCCACGGAGCGACCGAUGGACGAUUAUGUUGGCGUCAUGAAGGCUCUGCUUUUCAGACUUCGGCAAACAAAUAGGGUAUUGUCAGUCAAUGUUCGGGAGACGACAGCGUAAGUUCUUCAUGCGUUGGUUAUCGAGCCCUCGUGAAGCUCUUUGAUAAAGAUCAACAAUGAGGAGUGUGGCCCUUUUCUCGGUUUUGCUCUCCUUGGCCACCCCAUGUUCCAGCUCGGAUGGCACGAGCGGUUCGACGAACGCCUGUUUGUGUGACGAACCGUCCUGCGGUGGGAGCUCCUGCUUCAGCCAGCUGUGUUUCGCGUCGCUGUCUCUUCUGAGCGGGAAGCCGGUCUUCCAGAAGGGAUGCAUUGUUUCUAAAGAAGAAGAGGCUCUACGCUGCGGAAAGUCUCCUGCUCCCGAGCUGGUGGUGGAGUGCUGCUCUGGACAUCUGUGCAAUAUGAACAUCUCCCUGGUGCCUCCUGUGAAAGAUGUUGAACCGUCUGCCGGCAGACCAGUCCUGGGAGACCAGGAGUGUGUGUGCGAGGGCGGAGUGUGUGAGCAGGAGCAGCGCUGCGUCGGGCAGCAUUGUUUCUCCUCUCUGAAGGUGAUUGACGGGGCGGCCGCCCAACAGAAGGGCUGCCUGAGGGACGACGAGGAGGGCAGAGCCGUCUGUGCCACACCGCCCUCGCCGCUAUACGCUGUCAAGUGCUGCCAGGGCCACCUGUGUAACAUGAACGUCACUGUGCACCCCCCUGGAAAAGAGGAGGUUUUGAAGCCCGUCACCAAGGAGGAGCAUGAGUGUGUGUGCGAGGGCAGCUCGUGUGUAACGGGGAACCGCUGCAGGGGCCACCAGUGUUUCUCCUCCCUGACGGACAGCGCCGGAACCAUGGUGUCCCAGAAAGGCUGCUUUAAGGUCUACGAGCAGAGCACACUAACCUGCAAGACCCCACCCUCCAGAGAUCAGAUUGUGGAGUGUUGCCAAGGACACCUGUGUAACAUGAACAUCACUGUUCAGCUGCCUCCCAAAGAUAAUGGGCUUUCCACCUACAGCGUGACCACCCUGGUUACAGUUAUUGUAGUACCAAUCAUUGCCCUCAUCUUCUUCUCCGCUGUGGCCGUCUUCGUGUUCAGACGCAUCCAUCGCAAUCAAAUGGAGAGACUGACGACACGGGAUGCAGAAUACGGAACCAUCGACGGGCUCAUUGCUUCUAAUGUGGGCGAGAGCACGCUGGCGGAUCUGCUGGAUCAUUCUUGCACUUCAGGAAGCGGCUCAGGACUCCCCUUCCUCGUUCAGAGAACCGUCGCUCGACAAAUUACACUAAACGAGUGUGUGGGGAAGGGUCGCUACGGUGAGGUGUGGAGGGGCCAGUGGCAGGGGGAGAGUGUCGCUGUCAAAAUCUUCUCCUCCAGAGAUGAGAAGUCUUGGUUCAGAGAGACGGAGAUCUACAACACUGUACUGCUGAGACACGAGAACAUCCUCGGCUUCAUCGCCUCAGAUAUGACGUCAAGGAACUCCAGUACUCAGCUGUGGCUCAUCACUCACUUCCAUGAAAUGGGCUCCCUGUACGACUACCUUCAGCUCAGCACCCUGGAUGCCCCCGGGUGCCUCCGCAUGGCUCUUUCUAUCGCCAGUGGCCUCGCUCAUUUACACGUGGAGAUUUUCGGCACGCAGGGCAAGCCCGCCAUCGCCCAUCGGGACCUAAAGAGCAAAAACAUCCUGGUGAAAAAGAAUGGACAGUGCUGCAUCGCCGACCUUGGACUCGCCGUCAUGCAUUUUCAAGAUACCAAUGAGUUGGAUGUGGGGAACAACCCCAAAGUGGGCACAAAGCGGUACAUGGCUCCUGAGGUGCUCGAUGACUCCAUCCAGAUGGACAGCUUUGAGUCCUACAAGAGAGUGGACAUCUGGGCGCUGGGCCUUGUGCUGUGGGAGAUCGCCAGGAGGACGGUCAGCAACGGGAUUGUGGAAGACUACAAACCACCUUUUCAUGAUGUGGUUCCAAGUGAUCCCAGCUUUGAGGAUAUGAAAAAGGUCGUGUGUGUGGAUCAGCAGAGGCCCAACAUCCCAAACAGAUGGUUUUCAGACCUGACUUUAACAUCUAUGGCUAAACUGAUGAAGGAGUGCUGGUACCAGAACCCAUCAGCCAGACUAACAGCUCUCCGCAUCAAAAAAACUCUCACAAAGAUCGACAACUCUCUGGAUAAGAUCAAAACGGACAUUUGAGCUGAGUUGAAGCAGAAGAGGCCUUCGAAGAUCCUCGCAGAGAAGUCUCGCGAGACAAAAGGACUUACUGGGUUAAAACGCCCUUAUAGUGGCACAAACCUGUAUUUAUUUCAGACACUUUGUGGGACAGUUUUUUGGCAUCCAAAGAUGGUUUAUUGGGCAUUUUUGAAACUGCCCACUGAUCUUGGAAAUGAGAAAAUAACUAACGAACUUCUUAAAGCAUUGGAGCUGGACUGUUAAAUCGAUUCUUCAAGGAAGAAAAUGUUACCUGGGCAUUUGAGUCGGGUUGUUUUUCUCAUAAGCGCAGCUUUUGUUUGACACAUUUUUCUUUUUGGAAUAUAGCAGUUUCAGUACCUUUUUAAUUUGACUGACUUCACAUGCAUCCUGGUGGAUUCACCUGGUGAUCGUGAUGCGCCACAGUUUACAAAGCUGUCAGAACAAGUUUGUUGGGAUGUCAUUUGUUCUGAAGGUUUACGCCAGUUGCACAGUGUAUCUUCCUGAUGCAUCUUCCAGCUAAAAAAGUACUCCAACUUUUAUUAUGUAUCGCCUCCACUCAUUUUAUUUUAUUUUCAGCUUUACAGAGUCGAAUGCUAAAAGAUCAAAAAAAAUAUCCGCUACACGAUGCUGAACUUUAUUCCUCCCGUGGCCUGUAAGAGCCUAUAUACUGUCUUAACGCGUCAAAUAUGUCUUAAUGCGUGCAUUGUCAAGUAAGCGAAGUCAAACUUCAGCCUUUUCUAUUUCUUUAACAUUUUAUAUCAAUUAGAGAAAUGUAAUUAUUAAAUAGAAACAAAAUAAAACUCUGCAUCUGUCUCAUUUGUUCUGAA